AUGGGCAAUGUGUGCUGUGAAGUGCAACCGCAAAGGCAUGAGGUUAGCUUGGAGACCUUCAAGAAGUCCAAGAUCGACUUGGUUUUGUCCAGCAUCCACAUGAUCAAUUUCUUGACUGAAGUUGAUCACUAUCCUUGCCUUUAUACGAAUGAGGCUGUCCUUGUGGAGGCCGUUCGUCGUUAUGAGACCAUUUGGCUUCCUCUGGUGGCACGGUCUGGUGUUAUUGAAGUUGUGCCUCCUUUGGAUGUAGAGUGGAUUUGGCAUUGCCAUAUGCUCUCACCUGUGGCUUAUCAAGAAGAUGCCCGUAAGGUCACUGGUGUGGUCCCUGAUCACCGCUUGAUGCCGCGGUCUGGGGAGGCGUGGCAAAAAGCACAACAAUUGGCGCGGCACCUCUGGCAGCAGCAAACCUCAGAGCCCUUUGACGUGGCGGCGCUGGCCACGGCUCCUCUGGAGCAGAAACCGCUGAUGUAUCCAACUAAGCUCAGCCACGACCUCGUGGCAGCGGCAAAGCGGCAAAUGUCGUUCCACUACCAAGUAGCGGUGAUGCCGCACUACCGAGAUAUUCAAUUCUUGGAGCUGGCGGUGGAGAGGUACCUCGACAAGUUCUUGGAGUUGAAGAAGAGACAUCCCAAGGUGACACUUUGGAGGGCCGUUUGA